AGGGAAGUCUCUACGAAAGGAGCUUUGACCCUUCUCCUCUCCUUCUCUUCUUCAUAAUCAGCUGUUUUCCUCUUCUUUUCUUAUUCCAUUUCCUUUUAUAUAUAUAUAUAUAUAUCAAUCUCCUCUCAAUUCCUUUCCAUUACACACAAUUCUAUUUCUUCUCUCUCUCUCUCUCUCUGUCUCAUCAUCUAUUUUCUUGGAAAACCAGAACUUUCAAAUCCCCAUAUCAUAAUAAUUCCCUUCAAAUCCACAAACCCAUUUGAGAAAAACGCAAAUCCCAUAUGGGAAAUUGUUGCGUAACCCCGGCGGUGGCCGAGGAAGGAGAAAACAAUCUCGAUCUCAAAAACAACAAGAACAACAAGAAGAAGCCAAACCCGUUCGCCAUCGACUAUGGCGUGGCCCCACAAAAUGGCAAGACCGUCAACAAGCUCUGGGUCUUGAAGGACCCAACCGGCCGAGAGAUCGGGGCCCGGUACGAGCUCGGCCGAGAGCUCGGCCGCGGCGAGUUCGGAAUCACGUACUUGUGUACGGACAGAGAAACAGCUGAGACUUUUGCGUGCAAGUCGAUAUCGAAGAAGAAGCUGAGGACUUCGGUGGAUAUUGAGGAUGUGAGGAGAGAAGUGGAGAUCAUGAAACACUUGCCCGAACACCCAAACAUCGUUACUCUUAAGGAUACCUAUGAGGACGAUGAUGCUGUUCAUAUCGUCAUGGAGCUCUGCGAAGGUGGCGAGUUGUUCGAUCGGAUCGUCGCUCGUGGCCACUAUACUGAGCGUGCCGCAGCUGCCGUGACCAAAACCAUCGUCGAAGUUGUUCAGAUGUGCCACAUGCAUGGUGUGAUGCAUCGGGAUCUCAAACCUGAGAACUUUUUGUUUGCUAAUAAGAAGGAGACAUCACUUUUGAAGGCAAUUGAUUUUGGGCUUUCUAUAUUCUUUAAACCUGGUGAAACAUUUACUGAGAUAGUUGGAAGUCCAUACUACAUGGCUCCUGAGGUGCUAAAACGGAAUUAUGGUCCAGAAAUAGAUGUUUGGAGUGCUGGGGUAAUCCUUUACAUCCUACUUUGUGGUGUCCCACCUUUUUGGGCAGAAACUGAACAAGGAGUUGCACAAGCAAUUAUAAGGUCUGUUGUAGAUUUUAAGAGGGAUCCUUGGCCUAGAGUUUCUGAUAAUGCAAAAGACCUUGUCAAGAAGAUGCUUGAUCCUGACCCAAAACGGCGGCUUACUGCUCAGGGCGUGCUAGAUCAUCCUUGGUUACAGAAUGCCAAGAGAGCUCCGAAUGUUUCUUUAGGUGAAACUGUGAGGGCAAGGCUCAAGCAAUUUUCUGUAAUGAAUAAGCUCAAGAAAAGUGCUCUGAGGGUGAUUGCAGAGCAUUUGUCAGUGGAGGAAGUUGCAGGCAUAAAGGAGGGAUUCCAGUUGAUGGAUACUACCAAUAAAGGCAAAAUUAACAUUGAUGAGCUAAGAGUUGGGUUGCACAAACUUGGCCAUCAGAUCCCUGAUGCAGAUCUUCAUAUUCUAAUGGAAGCUGGUGAUGUAGAUAAGGACGGAUAUCUGGAUUAUGGAGAAUUUGUAGCGAUUUCUGUUCACUUAAGAAAGAUGGGCGAUGAUGAUGAGCAUCUUCUCGAAGCCUUUAAAUUCUUCGAUAAAAACAAAACUGAGUAUAUAGAAGUUGAGGAGCUACGAGAUGCCUUAGCUGAUGAACUUGAGCCAAACUAUGAAGAAGUCAUUAAUGCCAUUAUGCAUGAUGUGGACACGGACAAGGAUGGGCGAAUAAGUUAUGAGGAGUUUGCCACAAUGAUGAAGGCAGGCACGGAUUGGAGGAAAGCGUCAAGGCAGUAUUCACGAGAGCGGUUCAAUAAUCUCAGUUUGAAAUUGAUCAAGGAUGGAUCGAUUACAGUUAAACAAUGAGAGUAGAGGAGUCAAAAAAUGACAUAUUACUCUUGGAAAUAUGCAUAUUAAAGAAAGGAAGAAAUGUUUUUUCUUUUUGAUUUUUUCAUAAUUCUUUUUUUCUUUCUUUUCUUUCCUUUUUGAAACCCCAUUUUGGGGGUAAUCCAGGGUGUUGAAGUCUUAACUCUUUAUGGAUUGAAUAUAUGUUUUUUGUUUGUUA